AUGUUACUUCGCGCAAUACGAUAUUGUUCAACAUUAGAAGCUUAUUUCGAAGAACGUGGUAAAUUAAGAAUGGCUCUUUUAUUAAAUAAACAUCCAGGACAAUUCAUUGAUCAACAAUUUAAUGCUGGUCUACGAAAAUUUAAUAUACAAGGAAUACUUACUAUAAAAAAUUAUUAUUCUAUUCGUCAAAAAGUUAUCAAUACUUCAAUUAAAGAAAAACUUCCAAUAGAUUACAGUACUAAGAUAUUUGUUCAUUUUACGUACUGCUCAAAUAUGAGAACAUUUCCUCAAAAAUUUCGUAUACCUUGGAAUAAAUAUUUUGACGAAUCACCAAUCAACGAUGUAACUCCGAUACUUGGUACCCGUAAUGUCCCCAAUUUACAACGUCGAUUAGUCAAUACUCGUAAAUUAUAA